AUGCGAGCCGGAGCGAGCUCCCCAAAUAUCUGCAAAUCAGCCACGAAAGUAGCGGCAUCAUCGGGAUGCACCAUGAUAAGCCCCUACGGUUUCGAGAAGACAGACACCCUUAAUAACAGAUUCCGUGAUUGGAAUUAUCGAACAUCAACGGGUGAGCCGGUCACGUUCAAAGUCGAUGGCGAACGAUUUGAAGGCGGAUCAAAAACGCUGAAGUUUGCCACCAAUACCAAGUAUAAAAUAGCGCUCAGCAGCAAACCUCCUGCGGAGUUCCAAGGAGCAGCGUUUCAUAUUGUUGCCGAUACGAUGGAGAGGAGCAGACCAUUCCGAGGCCAUACCUUGCCGGUUGUGACUGGUACAGAUUGCACGAACGGCACGCCAUCAAAAGGUAUGGGUGUGUUGAGAACGAGUGUCCACGUAGUCCACCGACGACGUCGUGGGUACACGAUUGUUCCGAGUCUGAGAAAACACGUCAUUAAGUUCUGGAUGCCUGUGCGUCUGUUUUUACUGUGCUGGAUUUCGAUGAAAGGACCAGACGGAAUUUUAAAACGUCAACUGCAGAGCAAAUUCUAUGAAAAAGACGACUCUCAUGCCGAUUGGGGGCAUAAGCUAGAAUGUAUCCAAUGGAUUUGCUCCGUCGACGGUACCGGUAACAUCUCGGUCGUCGAAGAACUUAUCAAGUAG